UUUUUUUUUUUUGUUUUUUUGCUUGUUUUUUUUCUAGGACGGGGAUAUUCAAGCCAUGAAGAUCGAAUCGCACCUCACUCAGUUGUUCAUCAACAAUCAGUACGUGGAUUGUUUGAACCCAAAGAAGAAUUUCGUGUACAACCCAGCAAAUGGAAGCCUCGUGAGUGACCAGAUACCAGUCGCCGGGGAAGCCGAUGUUGGUCUAGCCGUCAAGUCAGCUCAGGAUGCAUUUGCACCUGGCUCAGAAUGGCGACGCAUGAGCGACUUUGAUCGCCAAAAAGUGUUGCUUAAAUUUGCAGAUCUGAUCGAGGCCAACCAAGAAUAUCUGGCUUCCCUUACGCGGAUCACUCUGGGUGCGCCGUACAACCCCUUUGGGAAAUCAGAGAUCGAAACUGCUAUAGGCUGUUUUAGAUAUUAUGCGGGAUGGGUGGGCAAGUUUGCCGGUCAAAGUUUUCCCGCCACCGACGGCUUUUACAAGGUCGUUCGAAAUGAGCCGCUGGGGGUUGUCGCAGGGAUUAUUCCCUGGAACGGCCCAUUGGCAUCCAUUGGCCUUAAAGCUGCGCCUGCAUUAUCAACUGGGAACGUUUUCAUUCUGAAGCCAAGCGAGAAAACUCCGCUAGCGGCUGCUGCGCUCGGAAAGCUAGUAGUGGAGGCGGGCUUUCCUCCUGGCGUUUUCCAGGUCUUGAUUGGAGACGGCAGUACUGGUAAAAUACUCGCCAGUCAUAUGGAAAUCGCAAAGGUGAGCUUCACGGGAAGCGUAGCAACAGGAAAAAGUGUGCAAGCCCUCGCUGCAAAAAGCAACUUGAAGAGGGUGACCCUUGAGCUCGGUGGCAAAAGUCCAGCUGUGGUUUUCGACGACGCGAAUCUUGAGAAUGCUGUCCACUGGUGUGUGAACGGGUUGACUACUAACUCCGGCCAGAUCUGCUUCGCUGCAUCUCGAGUGUAUGUUCAAGACGGUAUAUAUGACAGAUUCUUGUCAGCCUACCGCAAGGCACUCGCUGUGAAGCGUGGGGUUAUGGGCGAUCCUGAGAAGGCCACAUCAGAACUCGGGCCAGUCGUGGAUCAGGCGCAGUAUGAAAGGAUCCUGGUGAUCAUUGAUAACGCGAAAAAGAACAAAGAAGGAAGCCUUUUGCAGGGUGGGGAAGCACUGGGCUCCAAGGGAUUCUACGUUGAACCAGCGAUCUUCGAGGACACCGGGGCGGAUGCAUCUAUCUCUCGGGAUGAGAUCUUCGGACCGGUUGUUGCGAUAAACCGAUUCAAAACCGAAGAGGAGGUAAUUGAUCUUGCCAAUAACUCACGGUACGGUUUAAUUGCGGGAGCUUUCACGCAAGAUAUCAACCGGGCUCUGCGACUGAGCGAGGCCUUCGAUUCGGGGGUAGUGGGAAUCAACUGCAUCAGUACCAUCCACUUCUCAUGUCCUUUUGGCGGAACAAAGGAGAGCGGAAUUGGUCGCGAGCUUGGUGUGCAUGCGUUGAAUGCCUAUACGGAGCCCAAGACAGUGCUGAUUAACCUCACCUAUUAGGUGGGUUACUGUCU